AGAAAAUCAAAUGAAUUAAUUUAAUGGGUAUGGAGGAAGAGGAUGUGUUGCAGCAAAGAACCAGAGACCUUCCAUGCUCGUGGGAUGAGAGAGAAAUAUAGGGUUUAGAGAGAGAAAAAAGGGGUUUUUUAGGGUUUAAGAACAAGAACAAGAACAAUAAGAAGAAGAAGGUUCACCAACUGGUUGUUAGGGAUUAAGCUUCUUAACCAAACACACCAAGAACAAGAAGCAGAAGAAGAAGAAGAAGAAGAACAAGGAACAGUGAGGGAUUAUUUGAUUUUCUUUGAACUGGGUUUCUUCUAAAUGAGCAAAGAAAAGCAGCCAUAGCCACAAAAAGAGAGCUUUCUUUUCUUUUUGGGGGUGGAAGAAAAAGAAGAGAAGGAGAAAUAAAGAGGAAUUAAAGUCAUCAUUUAGAGAGAGAGAAAAGAAAAACCAAAGAAGAAAAAAAAAGAAAUGGGUGUUACUCUCACGUGGGAAUUGAUGCAAAUUAUAGAUAAGAAUUGUAUGGUUUUAAAUUUUUAGAUUGUCUUCAAAAUCCCAAACUCCAUACAACUUUCUCUCGUUCUUUCUCUGUAUUCUGUUUUUGAUUCUUCUGGGUUUUCGCUUACUCCCCGGUUUUUUUUUUUUUUUUUUUUUUGUUUCUUUGAGAUCCAUUGGUUUGUUUUGUGUUUUUAUUAUGUAUAGUUCUUUGUUGUUCUUUUGUUUUAUCUUUCUGGGGUUUGGAGAAAUUUCCAUGAAAAGUUAGAUUUGAUGUUGUGUUGGUAUUUGGGAUUUGGGAUUUUUCAUUUUGGAAUUUUUGGGCUCCGCCGAUCGGGUGCUGUUUUCGAGCUUUUUUGUUCCCUCCGACAACCACAACCGUCGCGGAUUUCAGGGUGACAACAGUACUUGAGUUCGUCACGGUGGAAUCCGAAAAAGCUCUGAAUUGAGAGGAUAAAUCUAUGGCAACUUACUUCUCUAGUUCGAAUAACGAAAGGGACACUACUCCCAUCCUCUAUUCAAGGGGAUCUUUGCUCGGUUCGUAUGAAGAAACAACAAUUCUUCCACGAAAUAUGAUGAUGCAUGUAAAUUCUGGGACAUACAUGGAUUCGUUGCCAUCGCAGGCACAAAAUGGUUGUGGUCAGAUCACGUCGGUUGGAGCAGCAGGAACUACCCAACAGCAGCAAGAGUUUUUAUCAAAUCUUGGUGGCUCACAGAUUGCUGAGCAUGAUUUCAAUACAUGGAGAGAGGACCGGAGUGAAAUGCUUGGCGCAAACUCGAUGCGUGGCCCUACCAAUGUUCUUCAUGGUGGGCAGAAUUUGCAGGGCCAGGGGUUAUCCCUUACGCUCAGUACACAAAUCCCAUCUGCAAUCCAAAUCCCUUCAAUCCCCUAUAGAAAUUCAGAUAUGGGUUUAACUUCAUUCCUGAGUCCUAAUCCGACUAAUUCAGGUGAGGAUGGCUGCAGAAAUGGUGCUUCUAGAGACGAACAGUUGAGAAAUGGAGAAAACUUGCCACCUAAUUUUCAAGAAUUGGCUAAGGGUGAAAUAUCUCAAUACAGCAUGUCUACUAUUGCAAGAACUAUGCCCAAUUCAAAGUACCUCAAGGCAGCUCAACAACUGCUUGAUGAAGUUGUUAAUGUCAGGAAAGCUUUGAAGCGGCCUAAUAAUGAUAGAAACCAGAGUUCACAUGAGCAUGAAACUAGAAGUGCAAAGAACGGUGACACAGGAACCAAAAAUGACAGUUCGAUGCUCACUGCAAGUGGAACAUCUUCAAACCCUCAAGAAACUGGGAGCAAUUCAACGUGUGAGCUCUCUCAUGCCGAAAAGCAAGAUUUGCAGAACAAGUUGACUAAGCUCUUAUACAUGCUGGAUGAGGUUGAUAGAAGGUACAAUCAGUACUAUCAUCAGAUGCAGAUUGUGGUGUCAUCCUUCGAUGUGAUAGCUGGAUGUGGGGCAUCUAAGCCAUAUACUGCACUUGCACUCCAGACCAUAUCCCGACAUUUUCGAUGCUUGCGGGAUGCAAUAGCUGGUCAAGUCAGAGCUACCCGUAAAAGUCUGGGAGAGCAUGAGAAUUCUGGAAGUGACAAGGGAGUUGGAAUCACUCGUCUCCGAUAUGUGGACCAACAGUUAAGGCAACAGAGGGCACUUCAGCAGCUUGGUAUGAUACAGCAGCAUGCAUGGAGGCCUCAAAGAGGGUUGCCUGAGAACUCUGUUUCAAUUCUCCGUGCUUGGCUGUUCGAGCAUUUCCUUCAUCCGUAUCCGAAGGAUUCUGAUAAGAUCAUGCUGGCAAGGCAGACAGGCUUGACUAGAAGUCAGGUUUCUAAUUGGUUUAUCAAUGCACGCGUACGUCUUUGGAAACCUAUGGUAGAGGAGAUGUACAAGGAAGAAAUAGGCAGUGUAGACAUGGACUCUAUAUCAUCAUCUGAAAAUGCUGGGAAGGCAACAAAAGGAGAUAACAAGACCUUUGACGAUGAUAAAGAGGAGGAUCUACAACAAAGUGCAAGUUCAACAGCCACCGAAAGAUGUAGCGCUGGAGAUAUUAUCGACUUAAAAUCUGAUCAAGUCUCUAAUCUCGGAAAUUCAUGUUCCAACAGAGUAGCCAGUUUCCAAAAUGGAGCUCACAUUGAAGCUCGAAACGAGCUGGCAAAGCCAAACGAUGAGUUAAGGCCUAAUGUAAAUAACUCUAGUUUCUUUCCUGAUGCAAUUGUCCACUCUCAGGGUGAGAGUGACAGAUUUAUGGCUGCUGCCGCUGCCUAUCACAUGUCUGAAUUGGGAAGAUUCGGGACGGUUGGCGGGGUGUCGCUUACGCUGGGUUUGCAGCAUUGUGAGGGUGGUGGCCUACCAUUGCCUGCUGGGACACAUCAUGGUUUUGCAGCCAUGAGAGGAGACGAUAUGUACAAUGCCGCAGCGUCUUCCCUCGGGGAAACGGUGCAUUUUGAAUGCGUAAAUAGUGGGAAUCCACAACCAAGGUUUGGCCCUUCCCAUCUUUAUCAUGAUUUUGUUGUGUAAAACUACCACUGUACAAGAUUGCUGAUCUGCAUCAUAUACUAGAUGAUAUAUGUACACCAUUGGGAGGAGCAAAGGAACAUGUGGGGGGUUUUCUGCAUUAGAACAUAGGUUGUUCCUUAUAGCAUUUCCAUGCUUGCAGAUGAUAUAAGAAUGAUUUUUUGUCCUCCAUAUGUGAUAUAUAUAUGGAAACAGCAAGAAAACAUAUUUGUAAUAUAUCAUGUAGUUGAUUGGAAGGUUAGUUAUAAUUUUCUUGUCUGGGGUGGUUGUCUUCAUAUGAUUCAAUUAGUAUGAAAACAUCGGUUUCCACAGGAAAUAUUAGGUCUUUGAAUACAUGUGAAGCUUUUUCAGAUGAAUAAACAUACUCCAAGGAGGGGAUUUGAUUGCAUCAAAGUUUAA